UAGAUAUGAAGUAUGUAUGUUCCGUAAUGGUAACUACACCUGUCAAUGUCCACAAGAUAUUGGUCGAACUGCCGAUGGACGAUGUAUUAUAAUAAAUGAAUGUGCUAAGUCACGUUUUAAUGAUUGCCAUCGAAAUGCGAUUUGCAUUGAUCAGGUUGAAGGUUAUACAUGUCGAUGUUUAAAAGGUUUUGCUGAUAUAUCGGAGAAUCCAGAAAGUAGGCCAGGUCGAAUAUGUCAAAAGGAGGUCAAUGAAUGUGCUAAUCCAGCCAAUAUUGAUUGCUCCGAAAAUGCCAAAUGUCACGAUACAGCGGAAAGUUUUACAUGUGUUUGCAAUGCGGGAUUUGUGGAUAUCAGUGCUCACUACUCGCUAUUACCUGGAAGAAAGUGCGUGGAAAAUGUAAAUGAAUGUAGCAGUGGUAUAAAUGAUUGCUCAGCAAAUGCUGAAUGCAUCGAUCAACCAGUUGGGUGA